AUGGUGGUACGGGAUCCUUUCAAUAUUCACAAGAAAGGCUCAGCCAUUUCAAUUCUGCGGACCACGGCUACACGCGCCGCCCGUGAUAUCACUGAGAAGGCGGUCGAGGCUGGCAUCAAUGCGAUAGAACAGGGCAAGAAGACCGCCGAAGAAAUGUCGUUCCAGCUUCCCAAGAACGUGCCCUCCUUCUCGAAUCCUCAGAGGACCCUCGAGGACCAGUCAUGGGGUUCGGGCACGUCUUCGUCUUUUUCUCGCUUUGGUAAUAAGAAUCAGAGCCUCCCCAUGUACAAGGACAAGCCAUACGCAUAUCCUCCCUCUCAGCGCUCGCGUGCCCUAUGGCGGCGCAAGAGGGCCGUCGGUGUUGUCUUUUUCAUCCUCGUAGUGUUAUACUACUUUGGCGCCUUCUCCUCAGGCCAUGACGCUCACACCAAGAAACCAUCGUGGAGCUGGCUGAAGAGCUCAGAACCCGAGCGGCAGGCAGACUGGUCUCAGCGGAGGGAGCGAGUUGUAGAAGCUUUCGAGCUCAGCUGGGAUGCUUACCAUCGAUAUGCAUGGGGGUACGAUGAGUUUCAUCCAAUCUCGAAAAAGGGAAAACAGAUGGCCCCGAACGGAAUGGGCUGGAUCAUUGUGGAUGCCCUGGAUACCAUGAUGCUCAUGAACCUCACUUCGCGGGUAGGUCAGGCACGCGACUGGAUUUCCAAGUCCUUGUCCUACGAUCAAGACCAGGACGUGAACACAUUCGAAACAACGAUUCGAAUGAUUGGUGGCCUAUUAUCCGCCCAUUAUCUCUCCAAUGAGUUUCCGCAACUGGCACCUCAAGCAGAUGACGAUCCCGGCGCUGCUGGAGAGGACCUGUACCUGGAAAAGGCCAAGGACCUCGCGGAUCGCGUCAUUUCUGCCUUUGAUAGCGAGUCUGGUAUUCCGUAUGCGAGUGUGAACUUGGCCAAAUUCGAGGGCAUCCCAGCGCACGAUGUUGGCGGAGCCUCAUCCACAGCCGAGGCCACGACACUGCAGCUGGAGUUCAAGUACCUGGCCAAGUUAACGGGAGAGAAGUACUUCUGGGACAAGGCAGAAAAGGUCAUGCAGGUUGUUGACGACAAUGGAGCCAAGGACGGAUUGGUGCCUAUUUAUAUCAAUGCUGACACUGGCCAUUUCAACGGAGACAACAUACGGCUGGGAAGCCGCGGCGAUUCAUACUACGAAUAUCUGAUCAAGCAGUACCUCCAGACAGAAAAGGCAGAGCCCGUAUAUCUGGAUAUGUGGCAGGAUACAUUGAAGGGCGUUCGGAAGCACCUGAUUACCUACACGGAGCCUUCAGGGUUCACAAUCAUCGGCGAGCGACCCAGUGGCUUGCAUGGCAAACUCUCGCCAAAGAUGGACCACCUGGUCUGUUUCAUGCCCGGUACCAUUGCAUUGGCCGCAACCGGCGGUUUAUCGGAAGCUGAGGCAAAGAAGCUACCAGGCUGGACCAAGCAGAAUGAGGCUGACAUGAAGCUGGCGCGAGAGCUUAUGCAAACCUGCUGGGGAAUGUAUAAAUGGAUGGCCACGGGCCUCGCUGCAGAAAUCACCUACUUCAAUAUUGCUGACCCACCGGCGACCGAGUCUACGUCACAUGUCUCGCCGUCGGAUGAGUUUAGCUCGGACCCUCAUGCCACCUGGCGAAAGGAUUUUGAUGUCCACAGCAUGGAUCGACACAACUUGCAACGGCCUGAGACGGUUGAGUCGCUCUUCUAUAUGUGGAGAAUCACAGGUGAGCGCAAGUAUCGCGAUUGGGGCUGGGAGAUGUUCAAGUCCUUCAUGAAUUACACUGCUGUCGAGGACGGAGGCGGUUUCACCAGCUUAUCCAACGCGAAUGAGAUUCCGCCGACAACCCGCGACAAUAUGGAAAGCUUCUGGCUGGCUGAGACACUGAAGUACUUUUACCUCUUGUUUUCCCCCAACGAACUCCUUCCGCUCGACAAGGUCGUCAUCAACACGGAGGCUCACCCCUUUCCCCGAUUUGAAAUGGGCAAACUAUUCUCGACAGGGUGGACACGGAAACCACGGGACGAAAAUGGUCACAUUAUCAAAAGCUCGUAA